AUGGGGCCACCGGGCAAUAGGGGAUCAUGGGGCCCCUGUGUCCUUGCUCAAACUCAAAAAAGCCUAUGAAAAAGGAUGCUGAAGGAUAUGUACCAGGUAGAAAAAAUGUUGAGUUCAAACAUAAUAUAGAAACCUGUAACCUCCAGAAUAUAUAAGAUCCUUACCAGGGGCGGACUGACAACUCCUGGGGCCCCCGGGCAAUAGGGGAUCAUGGGGCCCCUGUGUCCUUGCCCAAACUCAAAAAAGCCUAUGAAAAAAGGUACCAGGGGCAUCUCAUGGGGCCCCCUACUGACCCCGGGCCCUCGGGCAGUGCCCGAGUUUCCAAAUGGUCAGUCCGCCCCUGAUCCUUUC